AUUAUACAUCCCAUCACCAGCCGUCGUUUCCGCAACAACCACACGGAAUUAAAAAUGUCAUAACAAACGAUUCUUUGCGUUCUUUGCGGUAUUUAAGUGAAAUUGUUGCAAAUUACGAAUGGAAGACAUUCAGGUUAUUAUUAGAGAUGUGGAGAGAUUUCUCACACAAGUUUUGGGAAAGCUUAGCAAUCUUCCAGCUGAUGUGAACAGAGAAAGAUUAGAUCUUGUGCAACGCCUUCAAAGGCACUUAAACAAGCCUGGAAUUGGUUUUAAGAAGAAACUUCCAGUUCCUAUACCACAACAAGCUUCAAAUGAGGCAGAUGGUGAGGAUGAUGUUGGUGAAUAUGGUGAUGUAGCUGCACCUCAAACACCCCAAACCAAAAUAGAGGAAGAGAUGUAUGAUGAUGUUGCUACACAAGAAAAAGAAUUACAAGAGGAAAACUAUGAUGAUGUGGUAGCUAUCAAAAAACAAGUUGAGGAAAAAGCAGAAUCUCAAACAUCGGAAGAAUUUUACGAUGACGUAAAUGGUACUCAAAAUAAAUCACUGUCAAGUAAAUCAAACAAUUCCGAUUCUUUGGAUGCUAAAGAAAUUGGCGAGCCUAUUAAAGCUAGUGAUAUCCUUGAUAAAAUUUUCGAAGGCGAGCUUGACAAGUACAAAGGCAAAAGACCUUUUAAGAAAUGGCAGCGUCGUUACUGCGUAUUAACGCCGAAAGCUCUUUAUUAUUACGAGAAUAAAAAAGAUCAAAAACAAAAAGGCCAAAUCAUGCUUCCAUGUGGCGAGACCAUACUUCGUCCUGGUUGCCACAGUUAUUCUGAAGUAAAGGAUAAAAAGACAUGUUUCGAAUUGGUCACUGAUGAGAGAUGUUAUUUGUUUAAAGCAAUUAAAGAAUCCGAUUAUGAUGCAUGGACAAACCAUCUUACGUCUGUUCUGCAUGCAGACCUUUCGGAAGAACAAAGCAAGUUGAUGAGGCUGUUUAGUGUUGGACGUCGUGAUGAUGAUGAUGAUGACGCAGAGGGUGGCGAAGAUUUGUACGAGUGCAUUGACCAGAUGCAGCAGAAGAGAUUGGCUAACUCUUCGGAAACUGAAGAAAUGUACGAGCUCACAGACCGAUUUUCCUCACAAGUCAGCGAAAGCUCGGCAUCUUCCGGUGAUCCACCGACAUUACCUUCCCGCGUACAAGCACCUUUGGAGAAACAGACUCGCGAAGAAGAAGAAUUCGAGGAGAUUGACGAUAAAGAAACUCGUCAAACUUCUGACGCAUUUCACAGCUCCUGAAGUCCCUCAUCGUGCACCAUCAAAGACGGCGAAACCACAUGCAGAGCUUCCUCCUCCUCCUCCUCCUCCAAAGAAACCCUCCAAUCUUUCAACGCAAAGCUCUGUCUCUACUCGACCGCCAGCAUUGCCAAAGAAGCCAGAAACAAAAGUGGCAAAGGCUGAAGAACCAGCGUCAAAACCUCCUGUAAUGAAACCUCCGGUAAUGAAACCUCCGGUAAUGAAACUUCCGGUAAUGAAACCUCCGGUAAUGAAGCCUCCUGCAAUCAAAAAGCCUCUUUUAAAGGGUGAAAUAUUUGAAUACAGUCGAGUAUAUGUUGCAAUGUGGAACUGCAUUGCGGACGAUGAAGAUGAUUUGGCAUUUUCCCGCGGAAACUAUCUUUACAUCCGGGAAAAGAUACCGAACAGUGAUUGGUGGGUUGCCUCCCUUAUGGAUAUUCCGGAUAUUCGCGUUGGACUGGUUCCCAGGAACUACAUAAUGCCCGCGUAUGACAUGUAAAAGUUGGUUAUGGGUUAAAUAUCAUAACUAUUUUUUUUGAGAAAAUCAGUUGACACAUCAUCUCUUACAAAAAAUAAACGUGUCCAAUCUUGGCGAUAAUUUAUUACUUUAAGAAAAACAAGAUUUAAAAACAACCAAGAUUUCAAGUUUUUAAUAAAUGCCUUGUUAUAUUAAGCACAUCACUGCAGAACGUGGCACGUUGCAAGUUGUGAUAGUUGACGUAAGCAGUUUCGAUAAUGUUUGAGUAGAGUGGAUGUAAACUAUUUUUUCUCCCACUCGAGGUCACAAUUCCCGAGCUGUUUUAUUUGUUAUGAUAUUAUUAUGAAACAUACACAGCACCUAUAUGAAAAAUUCAGUUUUAAACUGUAAUAGCAAUUUAUUUCGAAAUAAGUGAAUAAAGCAGAUGAUACAGUGUUGUAUUCUUUGCUUUGUUUAAAUUUAACGAAGUUCGAAAUGAUCUUGUUACGUUUUCCAAUAAUAUCUUAAAUUGGGAAAAAGGAUAAUUUUGUAAAUUUUCAAAUUAAUUCCGGUACAACAAUUCCUCAAUUUACGAAGCAAAAAUUAAAAAGUAGUUAAAAAGUAUAUUUGUUGUUGCUCUUUGGGAAAAUGUAAUUUCAGCAUUACCUAUAAGCAACACGGAAAAGAAAUAUUUCAAUUCAUAGCAUCCUAUAUUUAGAUCAUGUGUCAUUUGCUUAUCAUUCAAUGUGCAUAUUGUCCCAUAUGUAACUAAUUCCUGCUAAAGUUUUAUCACAUCACAAGUUUUAUCAUAUUGUAAUCUGAAAGCGGAUAGCCAAAAGACAAUCUGCCAGUCUACGUUUUCGCCACGUAGAGAUCGCCGACACGCCUGACAUACUAACGAGCAUUUUCUAAUCAGAACGAUAGCAUUGCCAAAACUUUUGAGAGGCAGUGCAUGAAAUGACGAACUUCUUAAAGUUGAAAUUUCAAUGUUCAGUAGGCGCGUCCUUCGAAGUUUUAGCUGCAUUUUUCAUCUUGAUAUUAGUUUUUGGGUGCAACAUCGCCGCGUUCUGCAGGUGGAAACAACUGUUUUGAACCUACUAUAAAAUUGACUGCAUAUGUGCGAAAAAUUAUUUCAUAUAUUGUCAAAUAUUAAUUGGUUUUAAAUUUGCGACAUCAUUUGCUUUUCUUCCCAAAGUGAACAAGAAGGCGAAACAUAUUUCUCGCUUAAUCCACAUGAGUCAUUUUGUGAAAAUUCCUGAUGGAAAAAUGAACUUUAUCAUUAUUAUUACUUUAUGCAUAUCGAUAAAAUCUCAAAUUAAAUCGACAACAAAAAAAAUGCGUGUGAAAUUAAAUAUUCAUACCCAAUCAAAAA